GCGGCCGAAGGGAGCUCCGCCCCGGCCCCGUAUAAGUGUGCAGGGCUGCGCCGCGCGGGCUGUGGCGGCGGCGGCGGCGGCGGCGCGGGGUGCCGGAUCCGGCUCGCACGGCCUGUGAAGCCUCCCACCCGCCUUGCAUAAGGCUUUGCCUUUCCAACUUCAGCUACAGUGUUAGCUAAGUUUGGAAAGAAGACUAAAAGAAGACCCCGGGGCCGUUUCUCUUUUGUUCUUUGCCCUAGUAGACGUCGGGGUCUUUUUGCGUAAGGCUGUGGUGUUUUUAGCGGUGCUCUCCUCGGUUCCUUGCACUCCUGUUAACAAGCACCUCAUCGAGGGCAGCUGCAGCAGCAGAAGAGCAAGCGGGGGGCGCCUGGGGUCAUGACCAAGGCAAGAGAGCAAAACCACCAGGGAGGAUGCUGCGGAUCCUUAGCAAACUACCUGACCUCGGCAAAAUUCCUUCUCUACCUUGGUCAUUUUCUGUCUACUUGGGGAGAUCGGAUGUGGCACUUUGCAGUGUCUGUGUUUUUGGUAGAGCUCUAUGGAAACAGCCUCCUCUUGACUGCAGUCUACGGGCUGGUGGUGGCAGGGUCUGUUCUGGUCCUAGGAGCCAUCAUUGGUGAUUGGGUGGAUAAGAAUUCCAGACUUAAAGUGGCUCAGACUUCGCUGGUGGUACAGAAUGUUUCAGUCAUCUUGUGUGGAAUCAUUCUGAUGAUGGUUUUCUUACAUAAAAACGAGCUUCUGACCAUGUAUCAUGGAUGGGUUCUUACUUCCUGUUACAUCUUGAUCAUCACUAUUGCAAAUAUCGCAAAUUUGGCCAGUACUGCUACUGCAAUCACAAUCCAAAGGGACUGGAUUGUCGUUGUUGCAGGAGGAGACAGAAGCAAAUUAGCAGAUAUGAAUGCUACAGUACGAAGGAUUGACCAGUUAACCAACAUCUUGGCCCCUAUGGCUGUUGGUCAGAUUAUGACGUUUGGCUCUGCAGUCAUUGGCUGUGGUUUCAUUUCGGGGUGGAAUUUCGUGUCCAUGUGUGUGGAGUACUUUCUGCUCUGGAAGGUUUACCAAAAAACACCUGCUCUGGCUGUGAAAGCUCCUCCUAAAGUAGAGGAAGCUGAAUUGAAACAGCUGAAUUUACAUAAAGAAACUGAGCCAAAAUCCUUGGAGGGAACUCAUCUAAUGGGUGAGAAAGACCCUAACAUCCAUGAACUUGAACAUGAGCAAGAGCCAAGCUGUGCCUCCCAGAUGGCUGAGCCCUUCCGCACCUUCCGAGAUGGAUGGGUCUCCUAUUACAACCAGCCAGUGUUUCUGGCGGGCAUGGGUCUUGCUUUCCUCUAUAUGACUGUCCUGGGCUUUGACUGUAUCACCACAGGGUACGCCUACACUCAGGGGCUGAGCGGGUCCAUCCUCAGUAUUCUGAUGGGAGCAUCAGCCGUAACUGGAAUAAUGGGAACCAUGGCUUUUACUUGGCUACGUAGAAAAUGUGGCCUGGUUCGGACUGGUCUGAUCUCAGGAUUUGCACAGCUUUCCUGUUUGAUCUUGUGUGUGAUCUCCGUGUUCAUGCCUGGAAGCCCCUUGGACUUGUCUGUUUCUCCUUUUGAAGAUAUCCAUUCUAGGUUGAUUCAAGGAGAGCCGCUGUCCGCAAUUAGACCUACAGAUAUACCUGAAAUCAUUUUUACACCUGAAAUGCACAUGUCAAAUGUGUCUGACCCUGCUACUAUUGUCCCAGAGAUGAGUCCUAAAUCUGUGCCCAUAGUGUCUGUCAGUCUGCUGUUUGCAGGCGUCAUUGCUGCUAGAAUUGGUCUUUGGUCCUUUGAUUUAACUGUGACACAGUUGCUGCAAGAAAAUGUAAUUGAAUCUGAAAGAGGCAUUAUAAAUGGUGUUCAGAACUCCAUGAACUAUCUUCUUGAUCUUCUGCAUUUCAUCAUGGUUAUCCUGGCUCCGAAUCCUGAAGCUUUUGGCUUGCUUGUACUGAUUUCAGUCUCCUUUGUGGCAAUGGGCCACAUCAUGUAUUUUCGAUUUGCCCAGAAAACUCUGGGCAGCAAGAUGUUUGCCUGUUGUCCUGAGGAAAAAGAAGUUACGAAUGAAAAUCAAACUAAUAUAUCUGUUGUGUGAGACCAUUUAACUGUUGCUAUCCCUGUUACUAGAUUACACAGAGCACAUAUGCUUAUUUUGUACUUCAGAAUUCCAAUAAACAGCUAGGUGUUUCUCUCUGGUUUUACCCCAGUUGUACCCUGAGGGCUAGAAGCUAUUUACAAGACUUAAGUCAGAGGAAAUGAACUGGUUAAUUUCCCUUACACUUAAGGAUGGGGAAAAAAAUCAAAAAAGGAAAAGAAAAACUCAGUUUAAAUGUGGAGAAAGGUAACACUGAUUUUUCCCUAUUUCUCAGGAGUAGAUAAAAUUUUACACGAAGAGCAGUUAGUCACGUGAUUUAAGUUAUUCUUUGGGAGAUAUUUAUUAUCUGUGCAAGAAUUCAGAUAUGUCAUUUUUCCUUAAAACUCAUUCUUGUCCAAGUCUAGCUAAUUUAUUUUCUUUUAGCAUGUUCUUCACAUUAUAAAAAAAAACAAAUUCUGCUUCAAGUAUGAAGAGGAGAGUUUGAUAACCAGUGUUAUUCUUAUUGAUCCUGUUGAUCAUAAGGGAUUUACAUAUAUGUGGAAAAUGAAAUACUUAACUAGAAUUCUCAAAUAGGAUUUACGGUAUAACUUUAGAGAGCACCUUUGUAUCUUUAUUAUCAUGGUGAAAUACUGUAGUAAGCAUAUAUAACACUUCAGAAAAUGGCUCUCCUGUAAGCUGCAGAUAGAAACAAAGCUGUAGAUUUAUAACAGUAAAUGCAUAAGGACUUCAAAUACGCUGAUAGUUUGGCCAUAGAAACUAGAAGCUCAAAGUCACCCAGGAGAGCAAGAUCUGAAUUCAACUCCGCUAUCGUUAAUGAUCUCUGUCUUGGAACAGGAGGGAGCACGCUUUUAGCCUGGUAGAUUAAAUGUAGAAAGCAAGCUCACACUUGGAAAGGUUUUGUUUUAAAAUCAUCAGAUUGACUUUUGAAUGUGCUCAGCUAGAGCAUUUUUACUUUCACUGUUUUGUACCCAAGGAGUUAUUUUUACACAGUUGUAGAGCAAGACCGUUUAUAAAUGUAUCCCGUUCAAAUGUCUUUGAGAAGAAUGGAAGAAAAGAAAUACUUUUGUAUGUAUUUUAAAAAACUGUUUUCCGAGUCAUUUUGCAACGUCAGUACCAACAUGGUACUUUGCCUUAACCGUUUAUGCACUUUCAUGGAGACUGCAAUCCGUUACUAUGAGCACUUUCUUCUUUUUUCUUAAGGUUUCAUCUUCUUUCUAUGGUAUGACAUAAUGAUUUACUAUGUUGUAAAAUCUUUGUAACAUAUUUCUAUAUAAAAAACAUUUUUAAAA